AUGUCUCGAGAGGCGACUUUGAUUAGUAUACCAAAAGAACACUUGCCUGCAACUAUUUGCAGGUUAUUAGCUGAACCUGGUGACAACAUUAUUAAAACACAACCAUUACUUAGAUAUGAAUAUAUAAAAAGAAUAAAGGAGCAAACAAUCCAUCCAAAGACCAAAGAAAUGUUGGAUGUUUUUGUAGAAGUACCCUUCGUUGAAGAAUUGAAGAGUCCGGCAGAAGGAGAACUCGAAGAUUUUUACGUUAGCGAAGGUGACACUAUAUCCUCGGAAGAUAAAAAGCCAGUUGUUGGGGUGAAAGAACCGUGUUUUCACUCAGUUCAACUUCAUGGUUUAUGUGCAAUAUGCGGUAAUGAUAUGAUGAAAACGGAUUUUACUGGAGUUGAUUACUCCCAAAGAGCCACCAUUAGUAUGGCUCAUAAUGUCGCUGGACUGACUGUAAGUCUUAGUGAGGCAGAAAGAUUGGAAAAGGAGACAUCAACGAGGCUUUUGAAAUCGCGAAAGUUAUCACUCAUUGUCGAUUUAGAUCAAACGUUAAUUCAUGCAACUGUCGAUUCGAAGGUGGAAGAUUGGAUGAAAGACGAAAGUAAUGUCACAGCUAAAGACAUUCAUAAGUUUAUUCUGCCCGAUAGUCCUACAAUAUAUUACAUUAAGCUAAGGCCUGGGUUGCAGGAAUUCCUGAAAAGUGUUUCCGAUAAUUAUGAACCUCAUAUAUACACCAUGGGUACUCGCAAUUAUGCAUCUUCUGUAGCAAAUGUCAUUGAUCCGGACAAAACGAUUUUCAAUGAACGUAUAUUGUCCCGAGAUGAGAGUGGAAGCAUGACGCAAAAGAACAUACGUCGUCUUUUUCCUUGCAACGACUCAAUGGUAGUUGUUAUUGAUGAUAGAGCUGACGUUUGGGGUUGGUCGCCUAACCUGAUCAAAGUUCAUCCUUAUGACUUCUUUGUAGGAAUUGGAGAUAUCAAUGAUGUUCGUUUUGCAAAGCAAAAACCAGGAGAAGUUUCGCAAGUUUCGCAAGUUUCACAUUUACCCGCUUCAAAAGAAGAAAAUUUAUCCAAUUCAACGGAACAAACAGAAAAACCAGCGCAAACAGAAGUUAAGGCUGAGUCGAUUACCGAAGCAAAUGUAGAAAAUUUGAAUGAUUCUGCAAUAUGCGAUGAAAAAUCACCGAAAGAGCCUCUCAAACUUAAAGUUGAGAACAAUAAAGACAGUACGUCGACGGAAUCAAUACUUAAGCCCUUACAAAAUAACAAAAGGACACAUGGAGAUGAUGACCCAAAUCCAGAAGAAAAAAUUCUUAAGAAACAACAAUUAGAACGUGAUAAGAACAAAGAAGAUGACAAACUCGAGCAUAUAUCUUCACCAUUAGAUCAAAAACCAAGUAUGGAAAAUGAAAGGCCUGUCCUCGUUGACAACGAUACAGAGUUACCUGAUCUUUUGAAGGCUUUGAAAAAUAUUCAUAAGAAUUAUUACGAAGAAUAUGACCGUUUGCAAAAUAUUACACAAGAAAGUGGGGCUAUACGAACUCCCGAUUUAACUGAAUUAUUACCUCGUUUGAAAAAACAAGUAUUAAAAGAUGUCAAUAUCUUGUUUACGCACGUAAUUCCAACUCACCAAAGAAAAGAGAGUUCCGAGAUAUGGAUUUUGGCAACAGAGUUUGGUGCACAAUGUUCGGCAAGUUGGGAUAAUAAAGUGACACACCUUGUGGCUGGUGAUCGCGGUACUGAAAAAGUAAGAGAAGCUAAGAGGAGAGGAAAUGUGUUUAUAGUCAGUAAAGAAUG